CGUGGUGCCACGGGACAGUAUAGAGCAGGCACUGCUGGACAGGCCGCAGGCCUCCGAGAGCCUUCGACAGGGAGUGACGAUGCUCAUCGUGGCUGGCAUGUGUCCCCAGGGGCCCUCUGGACCCCCACCACCCCUGCUGCCCAAGCCAGGGAAGGACAACCUGCGUCUGCAGAAACUUCUGAGGAAAGCCGCCCGGAAGAAGAUGACUGGGGGCGGGCCCCCCACACCGCUGGGGGCUUUCCGCACUUCCCUGUCCCCUGUGAGUGAGGCCAACCAUGACCAGGAGCCCACGGCCCCGCGCCCUGCAGAGGCCCCACGGCCUGUGGCCACCCUGCCCCGCUCCCCACGCAGCUCCAUCAUCCACCACGUGGCGUCACCUCUGCAGAAGUCCGUGUUCCCCUUUAGUUUCACCCAGUGCAGGAGCCUGGCCGCUCACUUCAAGGCCACGGGGCCCCAGCUGGUGACCCCGACCCUAGAUCCCACCCAGGCCCCCAGUGGCUUCACACAGGUUUCAGCCCCUGCAGCAGGUGUCACCCACGUCAGCCACGUGCACAUCCGGCUAGUGCCAUCUCCACAGGCUGGGACCCCUGAGCCCUGCCAGACGGCCCCAGACCAGGGACCCGGUGGGCAGGACCCAGGCAUGACCCCGUGCCCUCCUGGGGCCCAGCCCCCGGGCCCCACGGCCCACACCCACUCACUGCCUCCUGAGGCCCAGGCUGUCUGUCGCCGGCCUGAGGCACCCCCAGGCUCUGAGACCUCCGUGUCCAGAGAGGCCGGCACCCAGCCUGUGGUGCCUGUAGCCCCUGCCUACCGCUCCCCAGAACCCUCACCUCACAGGCCAGCCUCUGAGGCUCCCAAAGCUGAGCACUGGGAGGAGCCCCCCAUGGCUGGCCCCACCACAGAGGCUGAGCUAGUCUCCAGACCCCAUGGGGCCUCGUCCCCUGCCCCACUGUCAGGCCCACACCCGUGCCCUGUCCCAAAAGUUGCACCCAAGCCCCGGCUCAGUGGCUGGACACGCCUCAAGAAGCAGCUGAUGGAGGAGGCAGAGGUGUCCUCGUUUCCAGGCCCGGAGCAGAGCCCAGAGCAUGGGGAGCAAGAGGUGACAGCCCCCAUGGGCCUGGUGUCCCGGCCCCCCGCCUCCAGGGCUUCCAGGAUGUGGGACGCGGUGCUGUAUCGCAUGUCGGUGGCCAAGUCCCAGAGCAGCCCGGCUGGGCCUGGGGAGGGGGCUGGAACCCUGACUCGCCUGGGCCGCCUGCCCUUCCUGUGCAGGCCACGAUUCAACGCCCGGAAGCUGCAAGAGGCCAGCCGGCCCUCCCCUAUGGUCCACUCCAUCCCAGAUCUGACCUCCAGGCCCAAGAACUUCAACCGGACGGCGGCUGGCUGGAGGCUCCAAUGAGCGACCCGGGCAGCACCAGGGCCCAGGACCACGGUGUGGACGGAAGAGAGAGGGGGUCCAGCUGGGAAGCCAUGGCCACCAAAGAGGACACCAGGGCCCCACAGAUGCUGGGUAGCCAGGGGGGCAGGUGAAGGGAUAGCAGGAGGAAGGACCGCAGUGCAGGGGGGCUGGGGCUGGGACAGGUGGGGUGAGGGUGGAGGCCCAUUUCCAGAGGCAGGGUCUGCCCUGGGGUGGAACCGGGGGUGGGCUGAUGGGGUACAGGCUCACAUGAGAGGGAAAGCACGUGCCAUGGUGAGGAGGGGUGAGGAUAAUUUGACUCACAUGGGUGGCCCUCAGCCUAGGACUUGGGCAAAGAGGUACAGGGUGGGUGCCCAGGACUCCUGAGGGCUGUAGGCAGGUGGGGAGGGCCUCUAAGCAUGACAUGGACUCUGAGGCCUGAUAGGGCGAGGAGCAUUCUGGGGCUCAGCUCUGCGGUGCCCCCACCACCAUGAAGGACUGGGAAGGGAUUUAUGUUCACUGUGCAGAGUUCUGGGACCAGUCAGGGUCGGAGCUGCAGCUACAUCAGUGGCUUGACUGAUGUUUUAGGGAGCCAGACCCAGACUCUUGCCAACAAGGGGGCAAGGUGUGAGGGGGCUCACCGUGGGGCCGAAGCGAGGAUGUCUCGCUGUGUGUUGGGGCCCAGCUCCGAUGGCCAGGUGGGGAGGGUGUCCUCAGUCCCAGGGCAGGAGAGCCCAGCAGAGUGGGUGAAGCAGUGAAGGGGACCCCAGGCUUCAUGCAGCUUUGGGGCUCCCUGUCUACUGUCAGCUGGGGUCUGCCUCAGGGCAAGGGCCAGGGGCUCUGAUGGGUCAGGAGCAAUGGAAGAGGGACAUGGAGGUGCCUGGGAGUGGGACGCAGGAGGGAAGAAGCAGCCAGUAGGCAGCCAGCUGUGUCACCCAGGGCGUAAUGGGUGCUAUAAUGGAUCCUGGGACCCAGGCCACUAAUAAAGUGUGUCUAACCACAA